CAAAGUGAAUUCAAUCAUUUCUAAACAACUAAACCAUCAACAACAAUCAUUAGAAUCACAAUUAAACAUAAAAAACUUUUUCUUCUUUUAAUUUUGUUACAAAGAGAAAUAGAAUUAACCUAAGAAGAUUAACAUCUCUCUCUCUCUUCAUCUUCCUCCUUCUCUUCCUUCAUAUUCUCUCUCGUUCUCUCUCUCUCUACUCUCAUCUUCAUUCCCAUGGACUUUUUAACCCACAGUCAAUCUAUUCUUACCUUCACUUCAUCGUUAUCUUCAUCAUCCUCAUCAUCUUUUUCCAAUCAACUGUUACCUUGUUAUUUAAUUUCCAUCGACAAUCAACUUUAAAGCCAAAUAAUUGUGAUCCUCAAAUUGAUCAAGUUCCUUGUGCAAUUAAUUAAACUUUUUGCUUUCGUUUUCACAUCUUGUCACCCAAACAAUCAAGUUCAAUUUCGUCCUGUUAAUCUUAAUGACCACCGAUUAGUUUAUCAAUCAUUUUGUUUUUCUUUCCAAUUCUAACUAUUAUAUAUAUAACUGUUUCUCUUUUAUCUUUCACAAUUAGACAAAUUGUUAAUUAUCAACACAAUUAAGAUGAAAUAUCGAGACCACGAUUUGAGUCUAUCAGCAUCACGGAUACGUUCAAGUAACACCAACAAACCAACAACUCAAUUGGAAAUGUGUUCAAUUGAUAAAGUUUUAUCAUCUACUGUCACCAGUAACAAUCAUCAAAGUAAAUCAACUAAUUACAUCAAUAAUAACAAUCAUCUAAUUGUUACUCAUAAUAACAAUACCAUUAAUGGUAACAAUCAUGGACAAUUACCUUUAUCACUUGAUGAGGAUGAAACUGAAAAGUUAAAAUCAAAGUUAACUAAACUUUCAAAAAGUGCUAAAAGUUUAGAUUCAAUGAGUGAAGAGGGUAUUGGUUCAACCGAUGGUGAAAUUGUCUCAUGUUGCUCAUCCCUUUCAUGUUCAUCAACCUCAGUUGCAGGUAUUGAAACCGGAAGUUCAUUCGGGUAUGGGUCACUUCAAGCCAGUUCAGUAUCACCAUCACCCCGGUCAGUUACACCUUCAUCUAGACCCGAAUCACGAACUGAAUUAGUUUCCAAUUAUGGUUCAAGAAAAAGUUACCAUGUAACAAGUGAAGGUAUUUCCACUGGUCACAUUGAUAAAGGUGGUGGAAGAAUUGUUGAAAAUGAUACAACAGUAAUACUCUGUGGCACAGGUAGUGAUGACGAUGAUGAUGAUGAUGUCGACGAUGGUGUCAGUAGUCAAGGUGAUAGAGUUGAAAGUAAACCCGUUGAAAAAGUUUCAAAAGGUAAACAGGAAACAGGUAAAUGUUUUCCCUCCACUUCAACUGCAUCUUCAUCCAAUAUCACUGAUAAAUGGGAAUCAAAUAAGGUCUCAUCACCUUCUGACCAUGAUAACCAAUACUGGACAAGACAGAGACCAAAGGUCAAUAUCAGUAAAACGAACGAAAUUUUCAACGGAAUCUUAGCCCAACCUUUAUGUUCAUUGGAAAAAGAUUUAAUUCUUUGCCCUGGUUCCAGGAUUCCACUUCGUCGAUACACUUCAGAACUUAACCUGAGUUCAUCUGUUUCCGGUUUCCUGACAUGUUCAACAUCAUUUCAACAGUCAACUGUAUCUCCAUUGAGUUUAUCUUCAAGAACAGAUUACGAUUAUCUUGGUAAUCCUCGUCUAUCCUCAAGAUUAUUAUCACAAUCUAAACAAUCAUUAUCUUCAUUGGCAUCAUCAUCAUCACCAUGUUGCUCAUCAGCAGCAUCAACCUCUUCCUCUUCAUCACCUUCCCCUCUUCCAACAACAUCCUCAUUAUCAUUUCCCUCAACAUCUUCCUAUUCCCAUCAUCAUUCAUCCUCAUCCUCAUCAUUUGCCAAUCGUCGGCGUAAUUCCGACCUUGAUCUAGAUCAGUUAGGUCGUUUCAACGAUGGCUGGUUAGACGCUCGAACUGAGGAAGCAUUCAAACUUUUGUCCAAAAAUAAAUUGAAAAACAACAACAAUAAGAAAGUUGGUAAAUCAUCUUCAUCCUCAUCAUCAGCCUCAUCCUCUUCCUCUUCAACCACCUCAUCAUCAUCAUCAUCUUUUUACACUGACCAUCAUUCUGAUGAUGGUUAUUCUUCAUCUUCCUCACCCGGUGGGUCAUUCGGCCGUGAAUCGGGAUCGAAAAGCUUAUAUGAAUUGAAGAAACUUCGCCAAAGGAAACGUAAAAAUCGCAUCUUAUGGUCGCCAACAACACGAUCACGAUUACUAAUCCAACGGAUUAAACUCUCUAAUCCAAUUUCAGUUGCCAUGCAAUUAACCACCAUAGACAAAGAUCUCUAUCUUCACAUAAAACCCACAGAGAUGUCAGCCCUAGUUCUUGGUAGACUUAAAAGAUUUGAUUCCGAUGAUCUCAAUGGUAUCCGAACUCUAUUAGAGUUUAGUGAUCAAGUCAAAAAACUGGUUUGCCAAGUGAUAAACCGAGAAACAAGCUCAGAAUCACAGGCUCGUAAGAUUGCAGCCUUCAUCGAAGUUGCUUGUGUAUUACGGAAACUUAGGAAUUGGCAUUCACUGGAAGUGAUUAUCAAAGCAUUACAAUCGCCGUCAGUUUAUUUCCUCGAAAUGGCCUGGCUUCAGACCAAGGAACAAUUUCCAAUCCAUUUCAGUGAUUUCUUACGAUUAUGUUCAUUGGUCGAUCUAUGUGAUAAUUAUAUCCUUCGAAUGCCAACAAAUCGACCAUCGAUUCCAAACUUUAAGAACCUGAUUCACUUCUUUCAGAUCCAAUGUUCAGCUAAAAUCGAUCUUUGUGAAAACAAGCCCAAGUGGGUCGAACCACCGAGUAUAGCUGGUUGGCUUAACGAUGAACUAGUCGAAGAUAUUAGAGCAUCUAUUGGAUUAGCGACGAUCGGUGACUCUGAUUCUGAUGGUUUAGUCGAGGCCUCAUUAGAACCAGGAAAAACCUCGUUGAUUCCUGGUAAUGAACCAGUUCGAUUCAUUGUUCCCUCGACACUUCCAUCUCCUUGGAUCAAUCGUGAACCUCGAUCACUUUCGUCUUCACACCGAAAAUCAGUGACACUUUUCCUUUUGUCCGCUUUCGUUGAAGAGGUUGAGAAUAUACGUCGAUACAAGAUGAGGAAAAGUUCACCUUGAUUCGAGAAAUAAAUAAACAAUGAUGACAAAUUUUUAAUUCGAAUGACAAACAAUCAAAUUCGAGUCAAUUUCUGAUUCGUUUCAAAUUGUUACAAGUUUUUUUUUUCUUCUUCUGUUUCUAUUGGUAUUAUUAUUAUUGGUUUUUUCGGUAAAUUUAACGAGGGAUUAACAAACAAUUUAAGAUUAAGGUUAUCAAAUUAAACGACAUCAUCAUUACCAUCAUAACAAAAUGUUAUAUAAAAUUAAGCUCAUCAUCAUCUAGAAUCCAAGGAAUCAAUUGUACCAAACACGAUUGACUUCAUAUCGAAAACACCUAAGGAUAAACUAAUUGGCUACAAUUUAAAGGACAAUCAAGACUUUGGGUAACUCGAUUUAAGGACGAGACGGAAGACCAAUGCCCACCUUGCGCUUACCAUCAUCUUAUUCACCAUCACCAUCAUCAUCAUCAUAAUCAUCCAACUAUUGUCUUUAAUUAUCGAUAUUUAAGUUAUUUGGUUAAAAAUAAUUCGAAAUGAUUAUAAUCAGAACUUUUUUCCAACUUUUUUUCUCCCAAUUUCUCUUUUAAUCAUCACCAUGUCUCUUACCUUAACUUCUGAUUUGUUGUAUGAGGUAAUUAUCUCAUAAUUGUUGAAUUUUUUUCCCUUAACCUUUCCUAUGGAGUUUCUAAGGUUUUCCCCCUUCCUUCUGAUCAGAUUAAUUGUCAACAAUUAACUCUGAUUGUCCAACUUUCCUCUAACUUUUUUUGUUUCUCCUAAUCCCAAUAACACAUUAAUAUUUAGUCGAGUGACCAAAACAAACAAAAAAACGAUAUCAAACUAAUCAUAUUAAUCUGGAUUAACUUUCAUGUUUUAAUCAUUACAAUUGUAACAAUCAAAUUGAUUGUCAUCCAAAAUUUUGUCUCUCGUUAAUUAAGAGGCUGGUCUCUUGAUUAGAGUAGCAAAUUUCAUUCUUAAUCUUAAUUGUUCAACUUUAAUCAUCUCUUUUUUUAAUUUACUUCAAAAACAAGAAUAUGUUUUUUUUGUUAUCGAAAAAAAAAUCAAAAAAUGUAAUUGCAAUCAAUUUUAAUUCAGUUAUCAUUAUUAACUUUUAAUUUAAUUAUUAAUCAAUAAAUGGAACAACUUUUUUCCUUCCGUUUAUAA